AUGUUGGAAUGCCCGACGUCGACAGAACUAUCAGUUCUCUCAGGUUCUGGUUCGGUGCCGACCGUCAUGAGCGAAAAGAACGCUGACAGCACGAAGCCUGAGGCGAGCGAUGUCCCUGCCUACCCGAGAGUCGACCUUGACAAGCCCAAUGGAGGGCCCCCGGACAGUUCGACAAGUGACCCUAACGAGGUACAAGGCGGCAGACUGCUCCUGAUCAACGCUUCUCUUUGCCUCUGUACGCUCCUCGUCGGCUUGGACUUCACCUUGAUUGCAACUGCGGUUCCGCGCAUCACGUCUGAGUUCAAUUCGAUUCAAGAUGUAGGCUGGUACGGAGCUGCCUUUCAGCUCGCCAUAUGUGCGUCACAACCUCUAGCAGGCAAGGUGUUUACCUUGUUCUCAAAGAAAAUCGCCUACUUGGCAUACCUGUUGGUAUUCGAGAUUGGAAGUCUUGUCUGCGCCCUCGCUCCUUCGUCCCCGGCCCUGAUCGCGGGCCGGGCCGUGGCUGGCUUGGGAGCCUCCGGCAUGUUUGCAGGUGGCUUCGCCGUCCAAGCUGCCAUCAUCCCACUACACAAACGUGCUAUAUGGAUUGGAGCCAUAUCAUCUACUUUCGCGGUUGCUAGUAUCGUCGGACCCGUGAUCGGCGGGGCCCUGACAGAGCAAGUCACUUGGAGAUGGUGCUUUUAUAUCAACCUGCCCAUCGGAUGCUUCGCUGCUGCCAUAUUUGCCUUCUUCGUUCGUAUACACAACGCUGAGUCAGACCACACUCCACUCCGGACGCGCGUCAAGGGCCUGGAUAUACUCGGAUUCUGCUUGUUUGCAGGCUUCAUGCUCAUGCUGCUCUUGGCACUACAAUGGGGUGGCGUUGCCUAUGCUUGGAACUCCCCAACCAUCAUUGGACUUUUUGUUGGCUCCGCCGCGGCGCUGGGCGCAUUCAUCCCCUGGCAGAUAUACUUUCAGGAUCAUGCACUCAUACCGCCACGGCUGUUCAAGGCUCACCGGAACGUAGGGCUGCUUUGUGCCAGCUCUUUCUUUGUCAACGGUCCCUUCCAGGUUAUCAUCUACUGGUUGCCCAUCUGGUUUCAGGCUGUGCGAGGUGAUAGUCCCACGGAGAGUGGGGUGAAUUAUCUGCCAACUGUUAUUUCUGAUGCGAUCAUGGCGUUGUUAGGUACCGGGGUCGUGAUGAAGAUUGGGUGGUGGAAUCCAUUUCUCCUGUUCGCAAAUGUCUGUGUGUGUCUCAGCGGUGGCCUGCUGAGCACGAUCUACCCAGGCAUCCCCAGCGGUAAUUGGAUUGGGUAUCAGAUCUUGGGAGGAACAGGUUAUGCUUUAGCGACAAACCUAGCUCAGGUCGGGAUGCAAACAUCACUGCCACCUGACCUGGUCCCGACUGGGUCUUCCAAUCUGCUCAUGUUCGUGUCUACGAGCUGCUCGAUCUUUCUCGCGCUGGGCCAGGCCGUCUUCCAGAAGAGGCUGGAGACGAAUCUGUCUGCCGUGAUUACAUCGGACCUCGUGGAGGAUGUCAUUUCAGCCGGCGCCACGAACUUCAGAUCGAUCGUUCCGGAUCAGGAUCUGGCUGCUGUUGUCAAGGCAUAUGGCAAGUCUUGCACCCAGGUAUUUUACCUUCCAGCCGCAGCGCCUGCGAUUGCCUUCAUUUUAGUCUGUGGAUGCAAGUGGAUUUCCACCAAGAAGUCAGCACCGUCCAACUCAGACAAAACAAAGGAGGGGAUGAAUCCGUAG